AGGGAAAAUGACUCGCCAGGGGAGAGUGGCUGAGUUCAGGCGAAUCGCUGCAUCUGGACUAUGCGCUAAGUUGGAGAUGAAUGGGACCCAGGCUGAUGUGAAGAAGUUUGCAUCAGAUGAUUGAUGCUUCAGUCCUCACAAGCAGGACAACCGCAGCCGUUGCUCCUUUCAAUCGUUGAUCGCAGAGUCUUCCUCCUCCGCUGGUGCCAGUGGUGGUGAUCGUCAGACAUGAGCGGAACCCGCGUUCCGUGUGCAGGCUGGAAACGCUGGACGCGCUUGUGCGUUUUUAUGAUCUGCUGGUUUUGCCUGUGCGCACCGAGCAGGUCCGCACUGCUGGUCAACACUAAUGAAUAUCGAGGCGCGUCGACUUUGCUUCAGUCACUCAAUUUACCUCCACACACAGAGUACGAGAUCGUGGCUCCAUAUGAGGUCAGCCACGAAGGUGUGUACAUCUCUCACAGAGUUUCACACCAUGAGCGCAGAAGGAGGCGGAGAUCUCUGACUACAGAGGCACAGUCAUCGAACAAAGGCGGCAGCAGUGAAAAAGUCCACUUCCGGCUGAGCGGCUUGGGGCAGGAUUUCCACAUGGAGCUGUGGGAGGCCUCGGAGAGCUUGAUAGCACCUGGAUUUACCAUCCAGGUCCUGGGAAAGAACAGCACCAAGAGCCUGAGGGCUUACCACCAGGAUGACCUCUGCUUUUACCAGGGGUCGCUGAGGUCGAGGGUCAACUCCUCAGUAGCACUGUCUACUUGCAUGGGGAUGUCAGGUUUGAUUCGAACACAACAUGCAGACUACUUCCUCAGACCGGUGUCCCGGAGCCUCGCGGAGAGGGAAAACUUUACGGCACCUGUCACUCACCAGCCGCACAUCCUCUACAAGAGGGAUGGGGUCACCUGGUUAAAGCAGAUGUAUCACCAGCCUCGGGCGCUUCAGAAAAGAUCUGCAGAUUCAUUUCAACAUUUAUCACCCCGUCCCUCAAAGGUGAACUCCCCCUACGAUGGCGCUCACCAAAAACGUGUGCAGAGACAACAAAGUGGCAUCCACAGCCAUAACAGCUCUAACAGCUCAAGUCUUUUGGACCGGCGGAAGCAGCAUGGAGACGUCCAUCACCUCAGUGAUUACAGACCUGGAGAGAAGCAGAGGCAGCACUUCUGUGGGAGAAAGAAAAAAUAUAUGCCCAAACCUCCAGAGGAGAACAUUUACGUCCUUCCAGACGAGUACAAGUUCAUUCCCAGGAACAAGCGUGCUGUCCUCUCAAAGAAUAGAGACAUUCAGAGGCUCAACGUGGAGACACUGGUGGUGGUGGACAGAAAGAUGAUGGAUAACCAUGGCCAUGACAACAUAACCACGUACGCUCUUACAGUACUAAACAUGGUCUCCAGUCUUUUUAAAGACGGCACAAUAGGAGGAAAUAUCAACAUAGUUAUUGUGGGCCUCAUUCUUCUGGAUGAAGAGCAAGAUGGCUUGAUGAUCAACCAUCAUGCAGAUCACACAUUGAACAGCUUUUGUCAGUGGCAGUCAACUCUGGGAGGUAGAGAGGGCCGACACCACGACCACGCCAUUCUCCUCACAGGACUUGACAUCUGCUCCUGGAAGAAUGAACCUUGUGAUACUCUUGGUUUUGCCCCUAUUAGUGGAAUGUGCAGCAAGUACCGGAGCUGUACUAUUAAUGAAGACACAGGUUUGGGUCUGGCCUUCACUAUUGCCCAUGAAUCAGGACACAACUUUGGAAUGGUACAUGAUGGUGAAGGAAAUGUUUGCAAAAAGUCUGAGGGUAACAUCAUGUCUCCCACACUGGCCGGUCACAAUGGGAUCUUCUCUUGGUCUCCAUGCAGUCGCCAGUAUCUCAGCCGCUUCCUCAACACUGCCCAGGCUUUGUGUCUGUCAGAUGAACCCAAAGCAGCAAAAGAGUAUCGCUACCCUGAGAAGCUGCCUGGCGAGUUGUAUGAUGCAGAUACACAGUGCAAAUGGCAGUUUGGGGAGAAGGCCAAACUCUGCACUCUGGAUUUUAAGAAGGAUAUCUGCAAAGCCCUGUGGUGCCACCGUGUUGGGAGGAAGUGUGAGACCAAAUUCAUGCCAGCAGCUGAAGGCUCAGCCUGUGGCCCUGAGAUGUGGUGUCGUAGGGGCCAAUGUGUAAAGCAGGGGGACGAGGGUCCGGGGCCCCAGCACGGCCACUGGUCUGAGUGGUCCUCCUGGUCCGCCUGCUCUCGGAGCUGUGAGAGCGGGGUCACUUCCCGAGAGAGGCAGUGCAGCAAUCCCCGGCCCGCAUAUGGAGGGAAGUUCUGUGAGGGCUCCGCAAAGUCAUACAAACUUUGCAACGCUGUAGAUUGCCCCCCAAAUUCCACUGACUACAGAGCACAUCAGUGUGCUGAGUUUAACAGUAAACAGUUCAGGGGGUGGUACUAUACCUGGAGACCGUACACAAAAGUGGACGAUCAAGAUGUGUGCAAGCUGUACUGCUUUGCUGAAGGCUAUGAUUUCUUUUUUGCCCUGGCAAGCAAAGUUAAAGACGGGACCCUUUGCUCGAAGGACAAUACAAACGUUUGUGUUGACGGAUUGUGUGAGAGGGUGGGGUGUGACAGUGUUCUGGGCUCCACAGCUGUCCUGGAUGCAUGUGGUGUGUGCAAGGGUGACAACUCCACCUGCAAGAUCUACAAGGGGCAGUACACAAAGCAGCAUUUCACCAACCAGUAUUAUGGGGUGGUUACCAUCCCAGCAGGAGCUCGGAGUAUCCGUGUAAUGGAACUGAACACUUCCAGCUCCUAUCUGGCUGUCAGGGACAACCACAGACACUACUACCUUAACGGCCACUGGACAGUUGACUGGUCAGGCCGACACUCAAUUGCUGGAUCAAUUUUCGAGUACAAGAGACCCUAUAACAGGCCAGAGAGCCUCCUAUCGGCCGGCCCUACAAAUGAAUCGCUAAUUAUAGAGAUAUUGUUGCAGGGCUGGAAUCCAGGUGUGCGCUGGGAAUACACUCUGAGUAACACAGAUGACAGACUGAUGAAGAACCCGUCAAAACACAAUUACUCAUGGGCUGUUGUACAGUCCCUGUGCACAGUAACUUGUGCCGGAGGGCGAAUGAGCACCAAUGCAUCAUGCUACAAAGACAUGAGAGUACAGGUGAACACAUCAUACUGCAAUCCCAAAAUGAAGCCAGCCACUGGAGUGAUGCCUUGCAACACCCAACCAUGUCCUCACAGCUGGUCUGUGGGAGAGUGGGGGGUGUGCAGCCGGAGCUGUGGAGGAGGGGAACAGACGCGGCAGGUCCAGUGCGUACAGAGAACCAACCAGAACAAUGUGGACGCCCGGGCCGACUCAGGCUGCGCUCAGCCCGCUCCUGUCAGGAGGCAGACUUGCAACACGCACAGCUGUCCCCCAGUUUGGAGCACUGGGCCGUGGUCGCAGUGUUCCCAUAAGUGUGGCAACGGUUUGAAAAAGAGGACUGUUCUGUGCGUGAGCCCCAAGGCAGACGCUCAGACUCGCACGCUGCCAGACAGCAAAUGUGCCGGCCUGCAGAAACCCCCCAGUCAAGAACCCUGCUUUAUCAAACGAUGCCAGAAACAACGCAAGGUCCAGUGGUUUGUCUCCACGUGGCAAGAGUGUUCAGCAAAGUGUGGCCAAGGCUAUCAGGCACGCUUCAUCAAAUGUGCAGAGAAGGAUACUGCAGGGAAAUAUAGAGAACUUCCUGCCAAGAAGUGCCACCAUGUUCCCAAGCCCACGGUUGAUCUCCAAAGGCCGUGCAUCGUGGCUGAGUGUCGUUCCCACACAACCCCCGCUGUCCAUCAGUGGGUGACCCCCCUACGCACCUAUCCACCACAGCCCCUUCCUCAUUCUCCACCAGAGUGGCAAUCCUCUCCUUGGUCUCAUUGUACAGUGACAUGUGGAGGAGGAGUGCAGUCCAGGACCGUCUACUGUCAGGUCCAGGGGAAGCUGUCAUCUGGCUGCGCCCCUCAUCUUAAACCUCCAAUGUCCCAGGCAUGCAACACCAACUUCUGCCCACAACCAGAGAAGAAAGAUCUUCUGUGCAGGGAUUACUUCAACUGGUGUUACCUGGUUCCCCAGCAUGGUGUUUGCAACCACAAGUUCUAUGGGAAACAGUGUUGCCAGUCCUGUUCCAAUUCAAAUCUGUAAUCUGAUAAAGCAACUCAGUCAGUUGCAGACUGAACCAGUCCGUUCAUCAAAAAACCUUCUUAGAUGUUCAUUACUUGAAAAGAGGCUGGGAGUUUUUUUCUGUUCAAACAGGAGGCCAACACAGAUUUUGGUGAAAGCAAAAGAGCAUUUGGAGUCCUUACUUUUUACUAUUGUGCUUGGUUUUUGAUGAAUAGCACUGGGAAAAUGAGAGCUCUCAAUGAAGAAGAACUCAGACAAAAAAUGUCCGAAGGAACCAGCUCUAUAAUACAACAAAUGUGACACACCUGAUAUGAUCACGCAUCCUAAAUCUUCUGACAACCAAAAGUACUAUUUUUUUAAAAAGGGACUUUUCAAAGACCUUAAGCAAUACUACUGGGUUUAAUUUUAGUGUUCAAAAAUCCAAUCUGAUCAGCUUUAAAAUCCUGAAGAGCUGUACUACAUCGACCCUUUGAAAUGCGAAAAAUCUGUUAACAUUUAGCUCAGUGGUGCUACAACUGUGUCACUUUGACUUCACAGAUUCGUUGCAAUAUCCUCAACACUUAGGAAAGUAUUACUGAACUGUGUAUCCUUUGUACAUGUUAUUGUGUGUUUUAUUUAUUAGCUUUAUAAUACAGUGUAACAGGGUGUCUGUAUUGAGAAGCAGUACAUGUGUAUCAUUUUCUUACAAUUGCAUUUAAUUAUUCACAUGCUAGAAAAAAAUUAAAACCCUUUGUUUUUUUUGUUAUGUUCUAUCUUGCUUUUGCAACGUGUUGUUUCUAAAAUUCCUGAUUUCAUUCUGUCAUGCAAUUAUGUGCAAGAAGACCCUGUAUAGUAUGCAGCCAUGUGGUACAGAAUUGUCUUUUCUAUUAGCAUUUUGCUCUUGGUUUAAAAGCACUGAUAGAUGAUAGUUAUUACUUGUAUGUUUUUUGGUGAAAUAAAAUGUCAAUUCAA